GCACCAGGGAGGAGGCGGCGAGUUCGGAGCGAGCAGCAGGGCGGAGAGGAAUCCCGAGCGCGGACAGCAUUCGGAAGAUUGCUGUGCUAUGCCUUGUGUGAUUAAGACUUCCUACCAAGAAUACCUGUCAGACCAUAAAAACACUGCUGAGGAGUGCUGAAGUGGCGAUGAAACAGCCCAACAGGAAAAGGAAGCUUAGUAUGGAUUCCAAAGAGCAUCUGGAUCAGGACAGAUGCUUGGAAUCUUCGAAGUUACUUGUCCAUUCUCUAAAGGAGCAAGCUGAAGAAGAAAAGCAGCCCAGGGAUGGCACAACCUCUUUGAAUCAUGUCCCUUCCGCAGUUGCCCAGGAAGCGUGGUCUUGGGAGCGGUACUUGAAAGAGCAGAAGGCUAUCGCAGCACCUGUUGAGUUGUUUUCUAAGGAUCAGUCCUUUCCAGAGCAUGAAAAUGGUUUUCAGAUUGGAAUGAGAUUAGAAGGCAUUGAUCCCCGACAUCCAUCUGUAUUCUGUGUGCUUUCUGUAGCUGAGGUGUGUGGUUACCGUCUAAGACUUCAUUUUGAUGGUUAUUUGAGUUGCUAUGAUUUUUGGACCAAUGCAGGUUCCCCUGACAUCCAUCCAGUAGGCUGGUGUGAAAAGACCAAGCAUAAAUUACACAUCCCUAAGGGUUAUAGAAAAGAUAAAUUUGUUUGGAUGGAUUACUUGAAGGCCUGCAAAUUGCAAAAUGCUCCCAAGAAAUUAUUCAGAAACAGAAGUUCUAAUGGGCCAAUGCCUAAAGAAUUUCAGGUUGGAAUGAAGCUGGAGGCCGUCGACAGGAAGAACCCUUCCUUGGUGUGUGUGGCGACCAUAGCAGAUAUUGUUGAAGAUCGCUUACUAGUGCAUUUUGACAAUUGGGAUGAUAGUUACGAUUACUGGUGUGAUGUUAAUAGUCCUUAUGUCCAGCCUGUUGGUUGGUGUCAGGAGAAUGGAAGAACUCUGAUAGCACCCCAAGGUUAUCCUGAUCCAGAAAACUUUUCCUGGAGAGAAUAUCUGGAAGCUACUCAAACUAAUGCAGUUCCUGCCAAAGUUUUUAAAAUGAGGUUGCCUCAUGGUUUUCUGCCAAAUAUGAAACUUGAAGUUGUGGAUAAACGAAAUCCCAGGUUAAUUCGUGUUGCUACAAUUACAGAUGUUGAUGACCAAAGAGUAAAGAUUCAUUUCGAUGGCUGGGACCAUAAGUACGACUACUGGUUAGAGGCAGACAGCCCUGACAUCCACCCGGCCAGGUGGUGUGACGCCACAGGACACCCACUGGAAGUGCCACGUCGAGCAAAUGAUGUGAAAAUCCUUCCGGGUCAAGCUGCUUGUCCUACGCCAGGGUGCCGGGGAAUAGGCCAUAUCCGUGGUCCACGUUAUUCAGGACAUCACAGUGCUUUUGGCUGCCCGUAUUCGGACAUGAACUUGAAAAAGGAGGCAACACUUCUUGAUCGUCUGAGAGAACAAACACAGGCAAAUUUGGAAUCAGACUCUUCAUAUUCAAAAUCGAAAAACCUCUGUAGUUUGAAAUUCAAUGGAAAAUAUGAAAAGGUGAACAGUCAGCCCAGACUUGUACAGCAGGCAAAGUGUUUGAAAAUCAAAGGAAAAGAAGAUAUUGACUUGGAUAAUCUCUUCAGAGAGUUCCCCGCCGGGCAGACGCAGCAGGCACUUCACCAGUCGGUCUUCAUGUCAGCCGUGGCCGCCCACCCUUUCCGGGACCUUCCCCUCGGCAGGGAGCAGCACUGCAAGCUGCUGCCAGGUGUGGCUGACAUCCAGGCGAGCCAGGUGGCCGGGUGGACGGUGGAUGAGGUGGCUGAGUUUGUACAGUCUCUUCUGGGCUGUGACGAGCAUGCCAAGUGCUUUAAGAAAGAGAUCGAUGGCAAAGCCUUCCUGCUCCUGACACAGACAGACAUUGUCAAAGUAAUGAAGAUCAAACUGGGUCCAGCACUGAAGAUUUAUAAUUCUAUCCUGAUGUUCAGGAAUUCCCAGGACCUCACUGAAGAGGACAUCAUCUCAGACCAGGAAGUCAGGGGCUAAGUUCACUCCCCGAAAGCCCACUGGCGCCAGGACCUGCGCUGUCUCAGCAAUAAGUUGGAGCACAUUGAUUUGAUUUUAAUGUCCUCAUGGUCAUAUCCACAUUUAAUCUGGACCUUUUAAAUUGUCUGUGAUUUAUACGUUUAGAGGAUCUUGACGACUGAUCAAGUGCCAGCGACUGAGAGACUUAGGCACGUGUUCCGGGUUGGGCUUGGGUUUAUAAACAUCGUUAUUUUGGGUGGGAUGCUUUCAGCUCUGAUGUGCUUGCACCAGACAGACCAAAGAAACCCACACGUGCACCUUUGUUCUUUUCCCUCACUAUAACAGAAACCAUUUUCCAUCUUACAAGCGUAAGACUCUCGAGUGGUAAAAUAUUAGAAAGACAGUAUUCACAAAUACACUGUUAACAUUUUCACCAGGACAACGUUGGCUCAGAUCUGCCAUCUGGGCGCGGUGAGUCUAAGAGUUAGAGCCUUGGUGCUUUAAAAAGACUUCAUGUGAGAUUUUAGUGUACUUUACUCAGGAAAGUGUGAAUCUUAAAAUAAUAAUAAUAAUAAGCACAUGUUUUCAUGAUUCAUAAUUCUCCUUUUUGUUCCAUUAACCAUUUCUCAGUUGUGCUCCCAAGGCUCCCUAGAGCCUAGGAGAAGGAGUGUGCCCAGGAGUGGGAGGGGACACAGGAGGCACUCCCAAAAGCUGGCGAGACCCUCCACCAGCAGCAAGGCCUCGGGGGACUCUGCACCAACGUUGGCCUUGGCUGGUGGGCCAGACACCCACCUGCACAGAAAUCUCCCCCAGUCCCACUCGCAAGGGAUUUCGGGAGAACGGACCGAUUUCUCCUGUGCUCUGUCCGAAUCUGUGUGAUGAGGAGCUGGGCUACCUCUGGGGCCUUGUGUGCGUCGAUACUAACAGAGACCCGCCAUCAAAAGGGGAGGUCUCUAAAGUAAGGAGCUUGGUAUCUGAUCUUUGUUUGAAAAAUUCUGAUUUGUUGUCAGACUUUAUCUGUUUUUUAUAAGUGAUUCUAUCUUAAGUUGUGUAGAGUCAGUCCAACAGUUUUGCAAGGCAAGUACCUCUCUUCUUACACCUCUUACUGCUGUUACACUUGGAAACAGCUACAAAUGCCCUCAUGGAGGUGGAGAUCCACCAUUUGGGGUAGGGAAAGAAAGGGAAGAGAUACAAAAAGAGACUCAGACCGGACUAUACCCACUUCCUUCAUGAUGAAUGUUAUGGUUUGAUUCUGCCUAGAGAAUUUCUCAAACUUUAGGUCACUGAAGAAACAAAAAUCUUCUCCAAGAGGUGUGCAUAUGUUACAUCCUUACCUACAUGGAAUUUUAAUAUAUUAUUGGUUGUUGUAAAUUUUGUUUCUAUGGAGUUUUGUUUGUUGUUUUAUUUAGCUUUUUGUAGACUGCCAUGUGCAAUUAAAAUCCCUGCCUCUGCUAUGUUAAAAUUUUAAUAUAUUUUAAAUGAUAAUAAACAGAUAAAAAAAAAACCUAUACCUCACUACUUUAAUGAAUAUGUUGUUAUAAUCUGUGCCCACACCACAACCUGGAGUCUGUUUUUUCUCAGCUGCAGAAACAAGGGCAACUUUACCUGCAUUAGCCGGCAAAGAAGUCAGGUGUUUUUGAGUACCAUGUUCCUUGGAAUGUAUUUUCUCAGGGAAGUAGGUUUAGGUGUUAAUAAUUUGAGAGAUUAAAUUAGAGGUUUUUUAAUUAAUAAGAAUCUCAAAACUGUCGAUUAUAUAUCCUCCAGGGAAGACCUGAGAUUUGUGCUUGAGUACUUAAUGCAUGUAAUUUCAGCAGAAGGACCUAGAACAGGAUGGAUAAUACCAAGCCAAAAUGGAGUUGAACCGUUGUGUUCCUAGGGGACAGUGCAGUCAGAAAGAGAUCUCUCCAGGUGUCCAGCUACCUGCUAGACACCCCCACUUUGUCACCCAUGUAGCUUGACCUUUUAUGUAAAUCAGAAUAGGUAACAUAUACAUAUAUGUUUUCAUUACAUUAUUUUUAAAUGUUCACAAUUUUAUUUUGAUAAAUGAAAAAUUAGAAAAGUCAUAUCAAGGCUGUCGGCUAACGUCAACGCUCGGCUCAUCUGUGGCUAUCGACUAUAGUUGACGCUUGUACCGAAGUACACAAGUUUCUAGAUUAUUAGAAAGAGUUCCCCCAAAGGACCAUUAACACAAGACACAAUCCUAAGUACACACCAUGAUGCUGGAAAUUAGAUCAUUAGCAAGAAUCCUAAGGGAGCUUAGAACUUCUGAGACCAGAGUCUUUGAAUGCCUGUAAUUUAAGAUAACUUGCAAAAAUAAAUUUCUCUCACUUCCAACAGCCCUAGGACAUUCCAAAAAAAAAAAAAACAAAAACUAUCAUUAACAAUCUCUGAACACUCUUUUCUCUCUCUGUGGUUAGAAAUCUUGACCUCAUAGACCCCACGUUCUAAAGAGUUUCCAAGAGUGACAACGCAAGUGAUUGGCUCCCUGUUAACACAGGACUCCACGUCACGACAUCCUUCCCUUGCUGAGAGCUGACUGUCAAACAUACCUGGGAUUUCAUGGAUGAGUCAUUGUGUCUAUAGAAUCCCCCCCUUUUGAGUAAGGGUUGGAGGCACAAAUAGCAGUGGAAAGUACUCGGCUUUGGAGGGAAGCCCAGGGUUGAGCACCAAGCCCUGUGCCUGGCCCGUUGCAGGAUCUGGAAGCGUUUCUUAACUACCUGUCAAGUGGCUGACUUGCCACAGUUACUCAUUUCUUUGGGAAUGUUGAGUUUUGCUUCCUCUCAUUUGUCUCUGGAAUUCCUAGGGCUGAAGACUAUGUGCUUGAAUAUGAAAGGUUCCGGUGAAUAUAUUCUUAAUAUUUGAGAAUAUGUUCUUCAUGAAUAUUUUCCCUUAUAAAUAUAUUCCUCUUAAAAACUUAUUCUUAUAAAUAUAUUCAUGAAGAAUAUAAUUGUUAAUAGAUUUUUGAAUAUUCAGAAUCUUUAUAAAUAUGUUCUUCCUAGGAAUAAAUAUAUUAAUGAGUAAUAUAUUCAUAAGACAUCUUCUUCAAAAAUACAUUCUUGCUAUGCUCUCCGUCUCUGUCUCUCUCUGCCCAUCCCACUCCAGCUGCAGCAGGAGGCUGGGCCGGCCGGACUUGAUAGUUACACUGAUCCUAUGAAGACAAACGACAUCCAGUCAACUCAAACUCUAGUUAAAGAGUCAAUCUGCAAACUGAGCCAUUUGGUGACCUGGUGACCAGCAAAGUGAUUUCUCAGUGAAUCGGCUCCGAGUCUCUGCACCCUGGAUCCCUUUCAGGCAGAUGCUGAUUUUGAAUCCAGUAACCAAUAAGACGCACCCCAGCUGCCACUGCCAGACGCAGGCUGGGACGUGCAGGGACGUCCACAGGGCGGCCAGGCAGCUGCGAUGGCUCCGCUCUCCAGUGAUGACAGCAGAGGACUGCGGCACGUGGCCAGCAAGCAUGUCCCUCCUUUCUUGCCCCUCCCUCGGGGACCACGGUUGCAGAGGGGCAAAUGCGCAGAUGUCCCAGGCACUGUUUGUAGUCACACAGGAAUGACAGAGAAAUGGAGACAGGUCAGAGGGAACGUAGGGUGCUGAAGUUUAAGAACAACCAUUAAACAGGAAAUGGAGAAAUGAGACUUUGCAUUGAAAAUAUUGAGAGUUAGUUUAUUUUUCUCCAAAUAGUUUUAUUUCAUGGGAUCAGACUAGGUCUUCUGUGCUAUGUUUUGCCCAUAAGGCAACACCCAUCAAUUUCCCGUUUGCUUAGUUUGAAAUUAGACUGUGUUCCCUUCGAUUUGGGAAUCGAGGCACCGAAGCAAAUUGAUGCAUGAAGAACACAAAGUGCUGAGAAAUCCCAGGUUAAACCCAGAUGUUCCCACGAUGGGUUGCACUGCAGCUAAGAGCGGCUGUAUUAAAUACGCGUGGGGAUUGCUUGUAAGUACACACAUCUGUUGUUGCACUGUGAAACGCUGGGUCUAAAAGGUCUUUCAGAAGGAAAAAAAUAUCAAGAACUAGUGCUAACAUGAGCUCGAUUUUAUUUUUAAAAAAAAAAAGGAAAAUAAAAGUAUUUUUACAGGCUCUCGACCGGAAGACGCAGGAAUGCCUCCGUCAGCUGGCUGUGGGAAUGGCGGGGCGUGUGGCGUGUGGCCUCCGCGCAGACAGUUGCUUCUCUGUAAAUUGGCCCGGGAUUGGAGGUUAGGAGCGGCUCUGACAGUUUGCUUCAGAAAGCAGUGGAGGUUUGGUGGUUUUAUUUUUUCCAAGAAGUAGCAAUUCGGAUUUCAUUUGGUCUGUCCUCUCCAACAAAAAGAGUCAAUAAGCCAGUCAAAAAUCAGUUUAUUACAGGAAAACUUAUCAGAUGGGUUACUUGGUGUUGGUAACUGAAUUUUUUUCCUUUUCAUUUUUCAACCAAUUUGCAAAGUGAACAGCCAGCUUUCCUUUUUUUCAGCUUUGUCUUUCACAAGCACACACUGUCGGUUUGAAACCUGAGGUUGUCCUUCCUGGACCCUCCAAAAGAUUUAUUUACCUCCAUGCCUUUGAGGCUGGGAAAGUUAACUUUAAGAGUAGACGGAUAAAUAUCACAGAUACAUAUCCAUAUAGACUCUAAAAUUUUCCUUAAAUGAAUGAGCAAAUUCACCUGCACAGAUGUCCCUGUCUGUCCAUUGUGGAAAUUAUUAAAUCCAUGUAUUAGAGAGAUACUUACAGAGAGUCCACUAUGUGCCAGGCUGUGUCAGCAUUUGGGAU